AUGGUUCUACUUCCCUCAUCGUCAUCAGACAGCAAUAAUCAAGCAGAGAACACCACGACAGCCUGCUACGGAAAAAUCAUUCAACUCUCUCAUCAACUCAUCACACGAGUGGAAGAGUGGAGAGAUGAGUUGUUGCAACGUGUUGAAGGGCAAAUGAAAAUUCAGAAACAAUCCAUGCACGAUUCACAUUAUAAACCAUUCGAUCAUGAGGAGUAUGAGAGAGAAAUGGCUUCAAAGGUGGUGAUUCCUGGAUUGGAAGAUGUUUUUCAUGAUUUAAUGCAGAGAGUGGAUGUGGCUCUUGAUUUGCAACCUUGCUUUCAGGAUGUUAAUAAUCAGGUAUUGAAUGAUGUGGAGUGUUCUGCUCCAAUGAUGGAAUUUAAUGAAGAAGUAAUUGGAAUGAACAAUAAUGAAAUGUUGUUGACAAGUUCUGCAGAGCUUGUGUAUUGUCCAGAAAAUUCAAGUGUUGAAGAGUUUCUUUCAGGUUUCAGUAAAUACAAAACUAAAGAAAGAAAUGAAGAAUUAUUGAAACAAGCACUGAGUACCAAGCUAUUGAUUGGAUCUCAAAUGAGUGAGCUGGAAAACAAAUACAUUAUCAUGAGUCCAUUCAUGAUGAAUAUUACCAGUUUGGAAGUAUGUAAUACAGGCAUUGGAGUAGAUGUUUCCAUUUUCCUUUCGAAAAGCAAACACGUUUCCAAUUUGACAAGUUUGAGAUUGAGAAAAUGUGGAUUGGAGAGUAAGCAUGCCAGAGUUCUCUCUGAAAACCCAUAUCUUUGCAAUUUAAAGGUUUUGGAUUUGGGAGAUAAUGUUCAUAUACUGUCAUCUGGUUGCAGAUAUAUUUCAGAAUCUAAUAACAUGCGUCAGUUGACUAGCUUGGAUAUUUCUAACAAUAAUAUUGAUAGAGAUAUUGAAUAUCUUUGUAAUAGUCAAAAAAUGCAGAAUUUGACCAAGUUAGAUCUCGAACGAAAUAUUGUUGGCGAAACUGCAGCCAAACACAUUUCUAUGAGUAUUUUCUUCUAUAAUAUGAUGGAACUCAACUUGAAAAACACAGGACUCAGUGAAAAGGCAUUCAAAACGAUAGUAGAGUCACCAAACAUGACAAACCUUACAACUCUCGAUGUCAGAAACAAUUCUCUCGGAUCUAUUUGCUGUAAACACUUAGCAGAAAGCAUGUACAUGUCCAAAUUGACUUCUCUGUAUCUAUCUCAGAAUCUUAUAGACUCAGAUGGAAUUAAAUACAUUGCCAAUAGUCAAUACAUGGCAAACUUGAGAAGAAUUCUCUUGCUAGAAAAUAGAAUUGGAGCUGAGGGUGUGAAAUAUCUAUCUCAGAGUCCAUAUAUGGCUAAUUUGACAAUGAUAGGAUUGGAAAUGAAUGGAAUUGGAAGUGAUGGAUGCUCUUAUUUAUCAAAUAGUUUGUGUAUUACCAAUCUGACAACUAUUCAGCUGUUUAAAAAUAAGAUUCGUCCAGAGGGUAUGAAAUAUUUAUCAGAAAGUCCAUUACUCUCUAAUUGCACAACUCUUGGAUUAAGAGAGAAUAAUAUUGGUGUAGAGGGAGCUGGAUAUCUUUCUACGAGCCCUUAUCUUUCAAAAGUCACAACACUAGUUCUGUAUGAAAAUCAACUGGGAGUAGAGGGAGUUCGAUUGAUUGUUUCCUCUCAAAAUUUCUCAAAUUUGACCUCCCUUAGUUUGGAAAGUAAUAAUAUUGGUGCUGAAGGAGCUAAAUUAGUGGCAGAGAGUCCAUUUAUGUCUCACUUGACAACACUCUUGUUAUUUGAUAACAAAAUUGGACCAGAAGGUGUUAAAUAUUUAUCUCAAAGUGCUCAUCUAUCAAAUUUAACACAUUUAGAAAUGGAUGGUAAUGCAAUCAAGAAUGAGGGACCUAAAUUUAUUGCCCAAAGUUCUGUAUUUUCAAAUUUGAGAGAGUUGAGUAUUCAGAAUAACUCGAUUAAUGUGGAAGGGCUCAAGUAUAUUCUUGAGAGCAAAUUAAUCACUCAAUUACACACCUUGGAUAUCAGAAGUAACUCUUUUGCAUCUAUACUUCCAUUCUCAGAAGCAUCAAAACUCCUACAACAAGCCAAACAAAAGUAUUGUAUCAAAUUAAACAACUAA